AUGUCGGACUUUGGCGGAGACGACCACGACGAACGCGAGGAAGCCGGUCUCGACUACGAGCCAGCUGAAGACUUCUAUGACGAUACUGCGGCCGAUGACUUUGCGGUAGAUGACCAGCAAGAAGAGGGCUAUGCGGUGCUGAACGGUGAUGGACAGCCUGCCACUACCAACGGAGAGAACGCCGAUCCAAAUUCCUCCUCUGGCCAAGGUCAAGGGAAGACUAUACUUCAGCAACGUGAGAAAAAAGUUGCCAAUGAUCAGCGGACAACGACACCGUACAUGACGAAGUACGAACGGGCCAGAGUACUAGGCACCCGUGCUCUACAGAUUAGCAUGAAUGCUCCUAUCCUCGUUGAUUUGGAGGGUGAAACUGAUCCACUCCAAAUCGCCCUGAAAGAGCUCAAUCAGAAGAAGAUCCCACUAAUAAUUAGAAGGUAUCUUCCAGACGGCUGGUACGAGGAUUGGACGUGUGAAGAACUCCUUUAA